GAAUGGACGCACUUGACGCGCUGCUCGAAGCGUAUGACAUCCCUACCGAGGCCACCACUGACGACGAGCUCGCUGCUGUUGCUGCCGCCAACUCGGAGAUGGAUUUGACUCGCUUUGCUUCCGUCAGCUCGGCCAAGAUCAGCUACGCGACCGAGUACGGCCAGAGUAUCACCAAGCUAGUGGUGGUGGACACCGCGCUGACCGAUGCCGAUCUGGCCCCACUCAUCGACCUGCUGCCGGCGCUCAAAGAAGUCGAUCUGAGUCAAUCGGCGAAGCUGACUGAUGUGACCCUCAUUGCUCUCGCGCAGACCUCGCCAGGCAUCACCAAGCUCACCCUCAACGCUUGCACAGGCUUCACUGACGCCGGCAUCAUGGUCGCGGCGCUGACUCUCAACUCGCUCACGGAUCUGUCGCUCACAGCCUGCACCAAGCUCACCGAUCAGGCCCUGGAGGCGCUCUCGCAGGCUCCGUGCAUCGCGUCGCUUACCUCGCUCUCGCUUGCGUACUCAACAAGCUACACCUCCGACACCCUUGAGGCGCUGCUGAGCGAGACUGCAGCACUUGAAUCGCUCAAUCUGGCGCUCGUCGCCUGUGUCCGCAACGAAUCGCUCAAGGUGGUGGCCGACCGUGCGCCUCGGCUCCGCGACCUCAACAUCGCUUCAUGCCUCUUGAUUGACGACGACGGCAUUGCCGAGCUCUGCGGCGGCGACGACGAUGACGCUGAGGGCAUAGGGCCGACGCUGACGACUCUCAACUGUGCCUCACUCCCGCUCGUCACCGACUUUGGCCUCUCGCUCCUCGCCGACUACUUUCCCGCCCUCCGCGACCUCAAUCUCCAGCUCUGCGAGGGCAUCACCCAGCUUGGGGCCGAGAACCUCUACAACUCGGCGCCGCACAUCGCCAAGCUCACGUUCUGAGCCAAGUUGCACCCGUCGCCACACAGGCCGAGCAGCGCGCCAUCUCUAGCCGUCAGCCAUCGUGGUCACUCGUCUCUCACGAGUAACACACCCUUCAUCCACA